UUUCCUCCCUCGGAAAAUCGAAGCACACAAAAACCAGAGAGAAAGAAGGAAACUUUAACUCCUUAAGAAAACGAAACGACAUGUCGAUGGCGGAGGUCACCUUCUUCCAACUCCACGACGUCGACGACGACCCUCCCGACCUCCCCUACUGGGCACACCAGGACCUUGACCUCUACUCCUCCGAUCCCGAUUUCCUUCAAUCCGAUCGCGCCCUCCGCCCCUCCCGCAUCGUCACCGUCGACGACGACGGCGACCUGUUAUCCCAGUACCAGUCCCCCGUCCACGUCAUCCGCAACGACGCCGUUUUGGGGGAGCCCGAUUCCGGAUCCAACCUGACCAACCGAUCGGAUUUGCUGGACCGCCGCGAGGACCAGGUGAAUUUCGUGAUGGAUCUGUUCCAGCAGCGGGUCGAGCAGUCGUCUCAGGUAAACGCUCGCAGUCCCCUUUUGGUUUCUGAAGAUAUUGACGACGAGGAUCGUAGUUUUGGGGUUAUUGAGUCGAAUUGUGAUGUGGGUAUGGAGGGUUUGGACCUCGAUUUGAGUUUAGGGUUAGGGUCGGGAUUGGAUUUUGGGAAUUGUUUGGAUGGGGACGGGAUUGAUGAUCCCGAGGAGGAUGAUUUCUUUGUGGGGAGGAGGGUGUCUGGGUCUGAAUUUGGUGAGGAAUCUUCCAAUUUAAGUAGGGCAGAUGAUGAUGCUUACGAGAAUUGCGUGAGGCUGGUUGGGUUCGGGACCGAUUCGGAGGAUGAUGAGAACGGGGUUAUCGGGAUCGAUUUGAAUUCCGGGGAUGAGUAUGGCGUGCAGGGUCGUGUCCAUGGUGAGAAUGAUGACGAUACGAGCAUCCCGCUGCGUUGGGAUUCGUUUAUUUUGGAGGACCAUAGGGAAACUAACGAAGAUUUCGAGUGGGAGGAAGUUGAAGACGGGGUUGAUGAGAGAGAGGUCUUCAGUACGUUUAUUGAUCAUGACAUCGAGGAAUCAGGACCGGUGGCAGUUUCAGUUUUGGCAAUGGUGGCACCGGAAGAGGAAAUGAGUGUGGAGAGAUCCGAGCAUGUGGAUAGUUUGGAAUGGGAAAUUUUGUUGAAUUCCAAUACUUGGGAGAUAAAUCCAGAUGUGGCGCCUUAUCCGGACGAUGAUUAUAUUCACACUGCAGAAUAUGAUUUGCUGUUUGGUCAAUUCUCUGAGAGUGAGAAUGCAACAGCGGGCAGGCCUCCGGCUGCCAACGCUGUGGUUGAAAGUCUCCCAUCCGUAGUUUUAACUCAGGAGGAUGUGGAAAAGGGCAAUGCACUCUGUGCCGUUUGCAAGGAUGAGAUGAAAUCGGGGGAACAAGCAAAGCAGCUACCUUGCACACAUCGGUACCAUGGUGACUGCAUUGUGCCGUGGCUGCGCAUAAGGAACACAUGUCCUGUUUGUCGACAUGAAUUGCCCACCGCUGACGCUGCUUACGAGCGUAGAAGGAACCAAAGGCAUGCUCGUGGGUCGAACGAUGGUCGGGCAAUGUUUUGAGAUCUUCCUUCGGCAUUAGGUAUUCGAAAAUGUAGAUACUGCUGUGGUAAAGAGUUUUCAUUUCUCUGUGAGGAUGUUAUAGUUCCUGAUGCUUUGUCAGCAUAUACAUUUUUUUGUGCUUGUUUCUUGUUGGAGGAUGAUUGUCAAGCAUAUAAUGUAAUAAUAUUUUGGUGGGUACUCAA